UUUCGGGACGGUCCCUACAGGAGUACAGUCGGGUGUUUGUGUGUCGGCUACUGUUGGACAACUAAUGCUAGGCUACUGACGCUAGCUUCCCCUGAUAUCAGAUACUGGUCACACUAGCAAGUUUAACAUUCGUCUUUCAUAGACAUGUUUAGUUUUUUGAAAUAGUAAUCCCGGAAGUAACGAUACGAAUAAUUUAGCGUUAAUUGUGUGAUUAUGGGGUAGCUCAACUUCAAUGGCGUUACAUGAUUUUUGAAACUGGAAUAUUAGCCUAAAACGUUAGAUGUGACACAAUCGUAAGAUAACGGGAUUGUAGUUCACAUUGGAAAGAAAAUGAUAACGUUAUGCACUUGAAGUCGCAUUACACAAGAGACGUUCAACGUGUUAGUGUUAGCCCACUUAAGUUAAGUUGUGUUGUUAUUGCCAAUGGAACGCUUACCAAUGGUUGGGCUUCGUCUGUCCCUAAAGCAAAGAUAUUUUCUCCUGCUGUGUUUUGCUGUCGGAGCGAUAAUUGCCUAUCAGUUUGCAAGGAAUCGCCUUGAAGUAGAAAGAAUGAGCCGUGUGGAGGGUCUGAUGGCCAACUCGUCUCAGUUCACUCUGGAGAGAAAACCCUUCCACAUCCUGGGGGGGUCCAUCCAUUACUUCCGUGUCCCCAGAGGCUACUGGGAGGACCGGCUGCUAAAGAUGAAGGCCUGUGGCCUCAAUACUCUCACAACGUAUGUGCCGUGGAACCUGCAUGAGCCUGAGCGAGGGGUGUUCAACUUUGAGGAUCAGUUAGAUUUAGAAGCCUACCUCCGCCUUGCAGCCAGCUUGGGCCUCUGGGUGAUUCUACGUCCAGGGCCGUACAUUUGUGCUGAGUGGGAUUUAGGGGGACUACCCAGUUGGCUGCUACGGGAUCAAAACAUGAAACUAAGAACAACCUACCCAGGAUUCACUGCUGCAGUCAACUCCUUCUUUAAUCAACUAAUUAAGAAAGUUGUUUCACAUCAGUACUCCAAGGGUGGCCCAAUUAUAGCAGUUCAAGUGGAGAAUGAAUAUGGCUCCUUUGCUAGAGAUGAAGAUUACAUGCCUUUCAUCAAGGAGGCAUUAUUGUCUAGGGGCAUCACAGAGCUGCUGCUGACCUCAGACAACAGGGAUGGACUAAGGCAUGGCGGAGUGAAAGGAGCACUAGAAACCAUCAAUUUCCAGAAACUCAACCUGAAUGACAUCAAGUAUCUUGAUGGAAUACAACCUAACAAGCCUAAGCUGGUGAUGGAGUACUGGUCUGGCUGGUUCGAUCUUUGGGGGGACCUUCAUCAUGUGUACACAGCUGAGGACAUGAUACCUGUGGUUACAGAGAUCCUUAAACUGGGCAUGUCGAUCAACCUCUACAUGUUCCACGGAGGGACAAAUUUUGGCUUCAUGAGUGGAGCGUUUGCUGUUGGAAUACCAGCACCUAAACCUAUGGUCACCAGCUACGAUUACGAUGCUCCAUUAUCCGAGGCUGGGGAUUACACCACCAAGUACCAUCUUCUGAGGAAUUUAUUCAGCCACUACCACGCCCAGCCUCUACCUGAACUGCCCUCUCAUCAGGAAAGGAGAGCGUACCAGCCUGUUGUCAUACACCAGCACCUGUCUCUGUGGGACAGUCUGCAUUUCACUGACAAGCCUUUGAAGUCAGAGAAGCCGGUGAACAUGGAGAAUCUCCCUGUCAACAACAACAAUGGUCAGUCUUACGGCUACACGCUGUAUGAGACCACCAUCACCAGCAAAGGAAUCCUCAACUCAAAGAACAACAUCAGAGACAGAGCACUGGUUUUUGUGGACAAACAUUUUGUUGCUGUUCUGGAUUAUAAGACCCAGGAACUUGCACUCCCUGAUGGGAAGAAGGGAAAAAGAACUCUAAGUUUACUGGUUGAGAACUGUGGACGAGUGAAUUAUGGGAAAACCCUGGAUGACCAGCGCAAAGGUCUUGUGGGAGAUAUCGAGUUAAACAAGCGCCCCCUCUGUGACUUCAUUAUUCGCAGUCUGGAUAUGAAGCCAGGCUUCGUAAACAGACUUGAGAGUUCAGGCCACUGGAUGUCUAUGCGCCAGCGGCCAUCCUUCCCAGGGUUUUUCCAGGCCAGACUCUAUGUGAACAGUUUUCCUAAAGACACUUUCAUCAAGCUCCCUGGCUGGAGCAAAGGUGUAGUGUUUAUCAACGGCAAGAAUCUGGGUCGCUUCUGGUCCAUCGGUCCUCAGCAAACCCUCUAUGUCCCAGGGCCCUGGCUUCACAAGGGGGACAACCAGGUCAUAGUGUUUGAAGAGCAGGAAACAGAUGGGAAGAUUCUGUUUGCCACCAGUCCGGACUAUGGCAUGACUGUUGAUGUCCAGUGAUGACAGAGAGUGGAGCGUGGAUGAAGAGAGGAGGAUGAUGGGAGAUUAGCUGGAGAGAACACAAUUGAGACGAUCGCCCCAAGCUUUGUAUACUCAGGCACUGAUGCCCCCAAAAGUGGCAAACAUCAGCUAGUGAACAUGUAUUAUUAACCUGCAUUAAAACUUCAUAAUGCGAGACCAUUGAACUGUGUAUGAUUAGAAUAAAGUGUUGUAAAAUAUCUUCCUCCCACAGUCUUAAUUUAUAAAUUGCAGGCUGCAAUAAAAGAACUCUGUUUCAGUAAGGCCAACCAAGCUUUAUUUAUCCUGCACACCAAGGGCCUGUUUGAUAUACCACUGGCUGCUUUUCAAAUUUACUUUCUCAUGAUAUGCUGUGAACUCCUGAAGGGAAGUCAAGAACUGUGUUUGAAUAGCAUUUUUGAAAACUCAUCUGUGGUGUGUAGUGCUAAUUAUUUUCUUUAAUGAUUGAUGCCACAGGAACAGAAGCUGUUCUGUCACAUUUGAAGACUAAGCAAUGUAUAUUAACCAAAUUGCAUUGUAACAUACUGUAGCAUUGUACAAUAUGGAUAGGUAAUCUAAAUGUAAUGUGAGGUUUCCUGUGGUUCUGAAAUCCUGGAUCCAUUUCAUCCACAGAUGUCUAGAUGAGAUCAAAGUUAGCUUAAUGAUAUACAGAAGUGUAACAUUUAAGUGGAGAUUUAGUUACUCAAUUAAAACAUGACACCACAUAGAGUAAUUCUUAUAUAGACAUGAGCUGUCAUUAAAUGUUGCAUUGUAGCUAACGGAACAACCAAACAUAGUUCACACAAUUUUUCUAAAAUU